GCACAAAUGACAGCGGCCCCAAGUUGAUCGUGUACCUACUUUAGUCCACACUGUUUGGGCUUUUUUUGCUUCGCCGCGUCAUGAGCAUAUCACGGCUUUUAUUUGGAGUGGUCAUGACGUCAGUGGAAACGCGGUGACAUAAUUCGACUUAAACUGUAGAAGGUCCGGCGGCGCUUCGCUUUUGCUAGCAUUACUCCCAAACCUUAGCACAUUAUCACCAACAGCACCAGCCAGCGCAGAAACCAGUUAGCCAAGGCGGAUAUAUCCAUACCCUACUAUGGAGUUUUCCCAUUUUACACUCGGAUACAACAACAAUUAUGAUGGCGCAAGUUGCAAUUAAGGGUUUGUUCAACUAAAGGAGGGCCGAUCCGGUAGUGUUCGGCUGAGUUAGCUUGUGAGGCGGUGCGCAGGUUGACCUGUUCUAGUUUGCUUUUGAGCUGAACAGGUGCAUCGCUUCCACAGGAACAACUACACAAGACUGGUUCGGUUAUUCUGACCGGAUAAAGACCAGGAUACACCGAAUGACAAUGCUUGUAUAAACGGCUACAAAAGGAAUUAUUAGCCCUGCAACAUGAUCCACCCCCAGGAAUGACGCUAAAUGAAAAAAGUGUACAGAACACCAUAACACAGUGGAUCGUUGACAUGGAGGGGGCCCCCGGCACACUUUACGAAGGAGAGAAAUUUCAGCUCCUCUUCAAAUUUAGUAGUCGAUAUCCUUUCGAUUCACCUCAGGUAAUGUUCACAGGGGACAAUGUACCUGUCCACCCUCACGUGUAUAGCAACGGUCACAUCUGUCUAUCCAUCCUGACGGAAGACUGGUCACCAGCCCUCUCUGUGCAAUCUGUUUGUCUUAGCAUUAUUAGCAUGUUGUCCAGCUGCAAAGAAAAGAGACGACCUCCUGACAACUCUUUUUACGUAAGAACGUGUAACAAAAAUCCAAAGAAGACAAAAUGGUGGUAUCACGAUGAUACUUGCUAAUGUAUAAAGUUUGUAAUAAUCACAGAAGAAGUCCUACUGACCUACGUGAAGCACUUUUUAAUCAUUCAGUCUCUGAACUCUGACCUUUGACUGGAACAAUGGACAGACACCAAUGCUCUGGAGGCUCUUGACUGCAUUCCCCCCACCUGCUGGGCAGUUUGAUGCAUGUUGUAGUCAGUAAUAUAAAAAAAAUGGAAACCCAUGAACUGUUUAGAUGCACCCGAGAUGGAUCUUUUUUCUUUUGGAAGGGGGGAAUAGUAAUGCAGUAUGCAAGGUGUAUUUUUGUGUAUUUUCUGUUUUUAAAAAUGACUUGUUACAUUUUUGCGUGUGGGCGUCAAGGUCCUUGUCGUGUGCAAUAAUAACCAACGGAUGGAGGUAUGCUUGGCCCUACAAAGGAGUUAUCCGAAUGGAUUUCGGGAAGGGACCUGCUCGUAAACCCAAGAAAAUUCUUCUUUUUUUUUUUUUUUUGAAUCACAUUACAUGCACUGAGAGUAUGUUGUUAAGAGGCACUGUUACAUCAUCAUUCCCCUGACUUUAGGCAGGUCCCUACUCAUUAGUUUCAGUUCAUCAAGAGUCAACAAAAUGGUCAACGUUUGUCGAGGGUGGUUCUGCUGGUACACAUGGCAACAGAACACGUGUGGCAUUUGGUCAAACUCUUAAGAUAUGAUAUGUGUCAUGGUUCGCUCUGCGUCCAGUCUAAGAUACCCUGGUCCUCAUUUAAAGAUUGUUGUGUUUUUCUUUUAACUUUUUUUGUGCUUCUAAAAUGUCUAGUUCUUUUUGUACUGUUUUGGGGGUGGGGCUGUUUGGAUGGCCAACUACAUUUUUGAUUGUGAUAUAUAGGUAUAUAUAUAUACAUAUGUUCUAUUUAAUUUAAUGUCCACAAUGGUAGAGAAUGAGAAGUCUACACAGCAGUAAUGACAA